GGCUCCCAAUGGAGCAGGCGUAGGUCCCGCAGUAGCGCAGAGGCUGCGGUGAGGAGGCAGGCCCGCGGGAGGGCAUGUUGUCAGCGAAUUGUAGGAGAUGAUGAUGGAGGAAAGCUUUUUACUCCUGAGGAAUACGAAGAGUACAAAAGAAAAGUAUUACCGAUUCGGUUGCAGAACAGGUUGUACGUGAGCUGGAGAUCACCAGCUGGCAUGGACUGUAAGCUUGUGGGACCAGAGACACUGUGCUUUUGUACUCACCGGUAUAAACAACACAAAACAGACUACAAAGUGAUUCCCAAAGACCGUCCAAUUUGUGUGCCUUGUAGAGUGAGCCAUUGCCCUUGCCAGUCCUAUCACUACAUCCCUCUAAAUGGCACACAGCCCAUCCGUUGUAGAUGCAAACACUUUGCUGACCAGCACAGCGCAGCACCUGGAUUUUCAUGUAACUGCUGUUCCACAUGUUCAGGCUUUCAUAGCUGCUUUACCUGUGCAUGUGGUCAGCCAGCAUAUGCUCAUGAAACAGUCGUGGAAACUAAACAAGAGCGAUUAGCCCAAGGAAAGCCUGUGGGGCAAGACGUGCCUUGUGCUGCUAUGGGAGGACUGACUGGGUUUAGUUCACUAGCAGAAGGCUACAUGAGACUUGAUGACAGUGGAAUAGGAGCUCCUUCUGCUGAACUUUUAGAGUCCCCUGUUACCAGCAUGGACCAUCCAUUUGUAAAAGCAUUUCAGGGACCUUCUAGUUCUGCCCAAACCAUCUCACAGAUAGCAGGUGGUUCUAGUGCCACUGGGCAAGUUUCUCAUGGAAAGCCUUCAGAUGACAUAACUGACUUUGAAAAACGUUAUCAAGAACUGCUGAAAAAGGAGAAGGCUGCUAAACGCAAAGAGAAAAGUCCAGUGCCAUCAAAGAAGCUAUGAGAUGAAUAU